AUGGAUAUGGCCAACUUUCUAAUCGCAAGAGCGGAAGAGGUAGUCCCUGGUGGCCUAGUGGCGAUCGUUGUCCCGGCUUGCCCAAAUGGAACCCCUCAUGAUCAAGUCAUUUUUAACAUGAUGUUUGAUCUAUUGGGAUCUUGUCUUAUGGAACUCUCCAUAAAGAUUCUUUACAGAUGCUAUGUUGGCAGCACCUCAUGGCAAUUUCUUCUCUCUCUCUCCCUUUUUUUUCCAACUGCGAAUCAAAUAUUGACAAGUGUGCAGGGAUUAAUUGAUGAAGAGAAGGUGGAUUCAUUCAACAUACCAGCGUACUGCACGCGUCCUCAAGAAUUAGAAGCAGUCAUACAGAAAAACGGAUGUUUUACCAUAGAAAGCAUAGAGAGUUUGCCCUCAGUGAUAGCACCAGACACUCACCACAGGCCCCGAGAUGCAUCUUUCAGCAUAAGAGCCAUUACACAGGAAUUAAUAAGGGAACAUUUUGGAGCUGAGAUUGUAGAUGAACUUUUCGACCUCUUUACUAACAAAGUUGCGGAGGCACAUCAAGUUAUAGCAUCAGGAACAUCACUCAACUUGCUUGUGUUGCUUAAACGCAAAACAUAUAGUUAA